AUGGACACUCUAUUCUCUUCUCCGGAGUGCCAGGAAUAUCUUCCCAAGCUCCAUCACCAUACCGAUUUGUUGGUCAGCUGUAUUGACGAGGCGGGAGCGAAAGGUAAAAAGGGUGUCCUGAUCAAUCACUGGUUGAAAUGCUUCGUCUUCGAUAUGGUGGGAGAUGUGGGAUACAGCAAGUCAUAUAAUUGCCUCAACUCUGGCUCCCUUCACCAAGGCAUUCUGGAUCUCGAAAAAUCCUUGGCAAAAGCAGUGAUUCUUUGGCCACUUCCAUGGCUGGUCAGAAUUAUCAACAGUCUCCCCGGCAUGUCAAACCCGAUGCAGGCUUCCAUCGACUUUGCAGCUAGCAAUCUUGGCGAGUGGAAGGUUUUCAAGCGCAACAAGGGCCCCGAUAUUUUAUCUUGUGUUUUCCAGGGCAAGAGUGACUUGACUUAUGAAGAGGAGGUUGAAGACACCAUGAUGCUGCAGAUCGCCGCUAGCAACACAACUGUCGCUGCGUUGACCUUUGCCAUGUAUUAUCUUUCGGUCAAUCCUGAGGUACAGAUGGCCCUUCGCAAGGAAAUUGAAGCCAACGCGGAUGUUACCAACAUAGCUUCCGAGGCAAUUCAAGGGCUUCCAUUGCUAGCAGCUGUCAUUGACGAGACUCUCCGAAUGCACCCCUCAGUGCCAUCUGGACUACCACGCGUGACUCCUCCUGAGGGACUUCAGCUCGGGGGAACCUAUAUCCCUGGAAAGACCACAGUGAGCUGCCCAACCUGGACCAUCCAGCGUAGUGAGUGGACUCCCCUUUAUUCCGGCAAAAUUGUGUCAUGCUAUAUCCCGAUAUCCCAAGCAUUUCAGCGACCCCAACACUUGGAACCCUUUCCGCUGGAUCAACCCCCCGAGAACCACAAUACCAAAGCUUUCUUCCCAUUCAGUCUGGGUCCGUACGGUUGCGUGGGCAAGGCCUUUGCGUACAUGGAGAUGAAGCAAGCGCUCGCAAAGUUGGUGACUUCAUUUGACUUCAAGAUCGCUCCGGGACACGAUGAAAACCGAGUGAUCAAUGAGAGCAAGGAUCACACAAUCUACUCCUGCGAGCCCAUGUGGUUGAAAAUGGAAACGAUCGCCCGGGAAUGA